GUGUGUUCAGCGUUUUUAGUACAUCAACCUCAUUCGAAUUUCUGAUAGAUUUCGCGCAAGUUCAUUUAUUUUCCCAAAAAGGCGAUGUGUGUUUGACUUUUUAGUGUGACACGACGUCGAGACUUGCUGCCCCGAUAAACAAGAAAGAAACGGCGCAAAUAUUACGCACGUACCGCCCCACGAAUGAAAAGCGACAUCCUGUUGGAAGAUUUCUAGAAGAAGAAAAAAUCUGCUACCCGAUUAGAAAUACACUUCGUCUACUUUUGCUUUCCUCUGUGUGUGUAAAUACAAAUACCCUCGUUUCUAAUCCGAGACAAAAUUUGUCCUGUGAGCAAAACCCGAAUUUUUCAAAAUGACGGCUGUCCCCGUUCGCGGUCGGCGCUGGGCCGACUUAUGACAAUGCACAACUCUCCCUCCCCCUCAUUUGUAUAGUAUGAACGGCAAUACAAGCAUCCGCAAGAGCGUCGGUUUUGCGUGACAAAUUUGCACUGGAUUGUAGUGCUCUUUGGGCUUCCAGGAUUUGUCAUGCAAACAGUGCUACAAGGCAGCAGCUGGAUUUGGGAUUUUGCAUUCAAAUGAGGGGGAGGGGGAGUUGUGCACUUUCAUACGACUUUAGCGAAGACGAUGAGGAUGACAGCACGUCAAGUGACAACAAUAACAACGGUGUUCUAUGCAAUGCAAAAGUAUCGUACUGUACUAGUACAGAUUGCAUUACACAUGUGCUUGGCAUGAUAGAUGGAAUUUGUAAUUCUGUUUUACUUUUAGCGUAUGCUUAGGAAGGCAAUUUGUCAUGCAGAUCUGUAAUUGCGAAUGCGAUACUUUUGCGUAGCAUAUGCUCUGUCGGGAAACAAAACUACGAAAAAGCACCUCCGUGCUGGUGCACCCCUUAUCCGCCCGGAUGACCAUUCGUACCAAAACGCGCCCUUGUCCGAAGUGGAAAACUCGCAGCGGAGCAUGCAGCAGGCUCUGAAGAGCCUGGAUCCAGGGGCGAGCAACGGGUCAGCGGGGCAUGGGGAGAUGAAGCCGAUGAAGAGGCUGAAGAUGGCCGUCAAAAUGCGAAAGAAGGAAAUUGCGGAAGCGGAGAAUAAUUCAAAUAGUGGGGCGGCACAAAUGGUACCAUAGCACUCAUCUAGACAUAGCUCUGGCUGGCUAUGCGUACAGAUAGUGACACACAUCCAUCGUGUGCAUCGAUUCACGUCAGGAAAAAAAUGAAACGUCCAAAAAUUCAAUUACCUCAGGGCCUCCCCGCAAAAAUACGGCAACAAGACGAAGCCCGACCACCGACCACAAACGCGGACUUCUCUUCCCUCUGCACCGAAAAUCCCCAGUACGCCUGUUCCCAGGAGCGGCUCGAGUGCUUCGGGGAAGACAAGGUUACGGGUAAGAAGCUCCUCCGGCCGAUGAAAAAACGGCAGAGGAAGGAUUCCGUGACAGAAGUGGUGGCAGCAGGGGGCGGCGCGGCGUCCGAUUUGAAUAUGAAUUCGGGGGUGGGAGGAGGUAAAGGAUGCGAGAGUCAUGUCGUGUUAGCGUCCGAACAAGUCCAAAAUUAAUGAUUAAAGUAUGGCGUCGAUUCAUUUCAAUGAAAAAUGACAAUAUGAUGCAGUAGAAGCAAUAUCGCAUGGCAAAACCACUUCAAAACAUCAGAUGAGCCCGCCUCUGCGCAAGUUGCGGCCGCACGAAAAUCCGGCGUCGCAAGGAAAUCGCGAGCUGGCACUGCGUCUCUGACCGCAAACGGUGUAGUCGCCGUCGCGAAAGCCAAAGAGGACGGCCCUGAUUGCGCCCAGCGUCCAGAUGCAAAAACAUCUGGCAUGGAGCGAAAAAAGCGGGUUUCCACGCGGAUUCAGCUGCUUCAGGCGUCGCCGGACUUUGUCAGGGACCGGGAUAACAAAACCUCAUCCACUUCGGAUGUGGAGCAGGAGCAAGCGAAUAGCAGUGCGAACAAAGCAGGAACCUUGCACCAGGUGGUAGCUUCAGCUGCGUCAAAGCAGCGGCAAAAUGGCGGAAGUUCGUCGUCUUCUAGCAGCUCGUCCUCUGCGGCAAUGAAUAACGCUAGGUCGAAUGGCAGCGCAGUUGCAGGGGCGGCGGAUGCUGCGUCGAUGAACGGAAAGACGACAAGUAGUGUCGGUUCUUUGCAGCUUGUUCGACCACGUGAAGACCAGCCGGUAAGUAGAUCAAAAACCGAGAUGUUGAACACAUCAAAGACAAGCACCGCACGGCCACCGGCAAGCAGUUUGUCAGCGUUGUCAAGGACUAGUGCAGGAGCGGAAGUAAACAAGGAGCACGAGGAAGUGGACCCUGAUGUAGUUGACAAAGCAAUGUUGCAACAUUCGCUAGUCAAGACCACAUCGUCCAGCAGCUCUUCCUCGUCUUCCUCCACCACAGCUUCGAAGGAAAAGAAAAAGGUAGCAGGGGCCGUGCCCGAAGCCGAGCGGGCACGAGGAAAUAAACUACAGGCUGAGCAGCUGCAGAACGGCGCCGUAGUGGAUAAGCAACUGCAACACCAACAGAACGGGGUUGCUGAGCAGAGCGCUCCUGUCCUCGUAGAUGACAACAUACAAGACGUCGAAGACCUUUCCCUGGACCACACGAGCGAAGCGGGAGAGGAAGACGACGAUGAUAUCAGCCUGGGUUCGUCAAGAGAUCAACAAGACGAACAAAACGAUCGAAACGAAACGACAUCUCAAGUAGAGCCAGGUGAUUCUGAAAUGAUGAACAUUUCAGGACAACAAGACCCGAUUGGCAAGAAAGCGAAAAAGCGGGGCAGGCGCAGGCCAAAAAACCCACCCGCUGGUCCUCACAGCAUGAACAACGCCGGAACACCAUCUGUGGAUCAUGAAACAACGAGCGCGAUCGAAGAAGCUUUCGCUUUCGUGGAGCGGCAGCAGCAGAAGGGGAACAAGCAGCAGCAGGUUAUGUUUGCGAGAGGCGACGGUGCUUCUAUGGCCAUACCGCCAGAUCAGCAGCUCCUGUUUUGGAGCAAAGCCGCGGGGUACAGCAAGGGGUACAAACAGGGGACAAAGCAAGCAAAGCAAGGGUCGCAGUCAAAGGGCAAAGGCGGUAAUGACUUUGCCUCUUCUACCGCGAUUGCAGCCGCGAGUAGUCAACAUGACGGUGCUGCUGGGAAACAAGCUGUGAAGGGCAAGGGAAAAUCCAAAUCGAGCAAAGGGGCCGCGGGCAAGAAAGGCGAAAAUCCAUGCAAGGGCGGACCUGGAGGAGCAGAUUUUUCCUCGGGAACCGGUCAACAGCAGCUGUACGUCCACGUCCAGCCGGCGACGUUUCACACACUGCCCCCGGAGGUAGUGCAAGACAUUGUCGGCGGCGGGCCGGACUUGAUCGCGCAAAAAAUCGAGCAUCACAAGAUGAUGCGGAACUUCGGGAGACUAGUUGCUUCACCCAGUAGUAGUGCUGCGGGGAUGAGCAACAAUAAUAACGCUCCUUCGCACAACAGCAACGAGCAGGCCUUUAGCGCUAGUACGAACGGCCAUCAGCAGUACGACCUCCAGCAAGGUCAGAACAACCCGCUUCCGGCUGGCGUUUUUGACACGAGUUUUUCCACGAUAAUAGACGCGGAUCUGAACAAGCCAAUCAGCGAGUUUUUUAACAAAACCGUCGGGAAAGAAAAUCUGUUGCAGAAAUCCUUCAUGUCAUCUUCCGAGUCUCUGUCUCUAUUCAAGGAAGAAAACGACUUUUCCUUCAACGGGUGCCCGGGCGCGAGCAACGGGCUGCGCAUGGAAAACUUGUUGGACCUGCAGAUGUAUGAUUUGCAAAAACAUCGUAGUGGUCUCCUAGUAUAAAUUGCAAUGCAAAUGUGCUCAGCAUGAGAAAUAGGAUUUGUUAUGCUGUUUUACUUUUGGGUUGAGAUUUGUAUUUGUAAUGCAUAUCUGCGAUUAAUACUACGAGUACGAUGCUUUUGCAUUGCAUAAGAUGCCGACCGCAAACCACACGACGACAAUGACCACGGUUACGCCCGUCAGUGCGGUGGAUCACAAUACUAGUACCAGUUCAGAGUUCGGAGCAGGGCCUCCAGGGGGCUCUAUGCAGCAGCCGGGUGCAGGAGCUGCAUGCGAUAGCACUGCAACUGGCAUGAAUUCUAGUUCCUCACUCAGCAAAACGCCACCGCCGCCAGCUGACAGCAUAGAUGUGGAAAUGAAGUUGUCCACUUCUUGUAGCGCCGACAGACCCGCAGUUGAGCAAAGCCCCGAGGAUCUCGCGGCCCUUAUCGCGGCCGGGCAGCUGAUCCCGCUGCCGAGUGAUAGUAUCAAUCCCGGAGGCCGCGACACCAGCAGCACGAAUACGGCCGGAGGAGAUCAGGAUCCUAACGGUGCUGGGGCAGCUGAUCUUCGACGGCAAAACACGGUGAACAGCAACAAUUCGGAAAUUGACGACAUGUUUGAUAUCAGCUCCCUUGAAAACGGCAGCGACAACUGCUCCUCUAUUUCCGGGUUUGGGGGUGCAUCUGACAACAACUCCGUGGAGAAUUUCAGUUUCAACUGGCCACAGAACGGCGCAGGAUCUACUUCGCACUGGGGAAUAAACAAUGGCACUGCAAGUGGCGUUGACAGCAGCCUCCUCUCUUUCGACCAGUUACUGGGAGUAAACAAUGCGCCAGGAGGUAUGAUGUUUUUCCCGAAUGACCAGAAUUUCCCCGGAGGUUCUUGUUCUUCCGGUCCGCAAUCAGUCGAAUCUUCGUCGCGAAGAGGAAGAAAAAUGAAGCGUAAGGGGGCAGCUGCUUCUUCUGACAUCUCUGGAGCCAGCAGUAACGCGAGCAGCAGCUGCUACAACCACAGUCUCUUGAACCAGAGCAACUGUUCCUCUAUUUCCUCUUGUUCAGCGAUGCCAGAAAAUAAGGAAACCGGCGAGCUCAAUCCGCUUUUCCACAACCAGGUUUUCAUCCCGCACGAAGUGAGACAGGAAAUGAAGAAGGCCCUGCUCACCGCCCGAAAAACCGGCGAUGGGGUUCUGAUCGCGCUGAACAACGAAAAGAUCUGGAUCCCGCCUGAUUUCGACAUUGCGACCUUUGACAGCGACCAACCCAUCUUCAUGCCACCAAAUCUGCACCAGGCCGUGUCCGCGCUGGCAACGCCCGGGUCGGUGUUUCAGCGGGAGUGUGAGCAGUAUUUACGAAAAACGGACGAGAACGAGCUGAAACUGCGGCUCGCGGCGACCGGGGAAAAGAUCACGGAGGAAUUAAAGCCGGAAAUGAUCCAGAAACCACCCGUGGAUAUUAAAAGUGAAAACGAAUUUCCGGCUUUGGGUGCUGGUGGUGCGGCAGGUAUUUCUUGUGCCCCUCCUGUGAAUUUCAAUACGAAAGUGCCGCUGUUGUCCACGGACCUAGAAGUUCAACAGCAUCCCGAGGAGGAGAACCAGAAGAACACGACCACCGCCGCAGCAGCAAGACCUGCGGAAGAGAACAGGCUCCACCCAGUCUGGGCGCAGAAAAAGAAGCUGAAAGAGGGAACGGAAGACCAAUGCAACUCCGGCACAACUUCGGGAGGAGGUCAUGAUGCUGUAGUCUCUCAGGCGGGUCCUUACCAAGUGGAACACCAAUCAUCCGUCUCGUCAGAAACCAACAAGCUCACCACCGCGGCGUUAGCGAGUCUUGUAAUGGACCAGAACAAAAACCUGUCUUCGAGCAUGGUGAGUAACAAAACCAUACGCAUUGCAAGUAUGUCUGGGUCUGGAACAUUGCAAGACUUGUCACGCAGGUUUUCCCAUGUGUUCCAUGUCACAAAAAAAUUUUCCGUAUAAAAUCAUUGAUCUAUUUUAAUUAAGCUCUUGCUCGUAACGAUCCUUUUCCUUACUCGAGCGCUGUGAUAGUUCUUAGCUUAACUAUUUUCGAAUGCGCAUUUGGGGAGAGGGUCAUGAACGGUAGUAGUGUCAGCGAAUAGUAGUGAGCAUGCACCCACGGUGUGCUAUUCGCACGGCCAUGACACUACUGCGCGAGCACCCACAGGCUCCCAGGUGCCUAGCGCUUUGGCCAGCGUAGCAACUUGGUAGAGCCUGCGGGACCCCGUGGGCAGAAGUUCACUGCACCCAAUUUGUAUGUAAUGUUGCGCAAGUGCAAGCACAAGUAGUAAUAGUAGUCAGUUCCACCGGUGGACAUUAUAGCAUGCUUUCAAUCUCUCUCUACAUGCGUAUCUACGUAGUUCUCUUUUACUUUUCUUUCUUCAAAAAGUUUUCCCUGUGGCUGUGCUGUGCCAAGGUCUUGCUUCCAGACAAAACACCAGACAUAUUUGCAUUUGAUAAACCAUAUCCAGCACUACCUCCUCAACCUCCGAACAGGUCGGGGGCGCAGGAGCAAUGGCAUCUUCUUCACGACUGGGAACUGAUUUCUCGUGCUCGUCCAGCGCGUCUUGCGCAAGCUCUUCUGCCACCUCUUCCGGAGCAGCUGCAGGAGCCGCGCCGAUGGCGAAUCAACUAAACGGUCAUCGACCGGGACCGCCGAUGUUUGCUCCGCCAGCGAGGCCAUCAUCCGGAAUGCAACAGCCUUUCAUCUUCAUGGAUCCCAUGGUUUCACAAACCAGUGUGCCGCCGACGAUACGGGAGGGCGCGGAGGUAAAAAAAUUGAAAUUUUUGCUCUGCCAAGUGUUCGUUUUUUUUGUGCGCAUGAUGUUUACUUUGUUUUGUUCUGGUGCCGUAAGUUCCAAAAUGUCCGGAAGAUCUUAAGUCAGGAGAAGACUCAUGCAUGCAUGCACAGUUGAUGUAGUCGUAACGCAUGCAAAUGCAGCACGGAGAUUUAGAUAUUGUCCAAAGAACAGAUACAUACAAUGAAAAGGAAGUUCUGUUCUGAGUUCCUAGUUACCUCUCGGUCACUAUGAAAGCACGAGUUAUGGAAAAAAAGAAAAAACUAUGGCCACGAAAAUAUCAAUAUCAGUUCAUCGGCGGCCUGCUUGUCCACGAUAGUGCGAAUCAAGGUUCCAAGCGGCACCGAACAACCACCGCUUCUGACGCAGCGUCUUUUGAGUCCUUGGUCUUAGAGAAACCCAGCAAGAAAAAGACAAAGUAUAGACAGCAGCUUCUGGUUUCAGUUUUUUUCUCAUGCUGGCACGCUAGCGCUUCAGAAUCAGAAGCGAGCAUGGUUCGGUUUGCAUGACAAGAAAAACUGCGCCGUCGUCUUAUCUUGCAGUAUCGCAUGGCAAAUAUUCCCACAAACACAAACUAACAGAACCAUGCACGGCGGACCGGAGCGGAACCACAGGAGGGAUGCCAUUGCGCAGCGAGACCUUGCGCUGGAUGGUAUACAUGACAAAAGAUUUUCACUUUCAGUUUUUCAUUUGCAUUUCCACAUGACAAAGUCAGUACGAUUUUUUUCUCCACCAUGCUAAAAUCCCACGACACCAGAUGACGCGCAAAGCACGAUGACGACCAGUAGCAACCUGACCGCGUCCCUGGAUCCAGAAAAACAGUUGGAGCGGUAUGCCGGUGUAUUGAGAGGAAAAAUCCCCCCUCCCCAUAUUGAAAAGGUAUGUUUCCGAAAAUUUGUGUUGCGGAUUUGAGGCCACAAAUCACAUCUGUCUUGCAAGAAGACAAGGGCAGAAGCUUCCGCCCCAUUAUGGAAGCGAUUUCUCAUGCUGUUAGGCCUAAAGGGGAGCCGUUUGCCAUGCUGAACAACUAGACACAUAAGCCCCUACCUAGCCUGGGGAUCUGGCCGCCAUUCCUCUCCGCUAUACAAAGCUGAUUUGUGGCCACAAAUCAGCAUCACAAAUUUCCGUUUUGAUAUGGGGAGGGGGGAUUUUUCAUUUUGAUACGGUGAAGUCGGUGCUUUCAAGCAGACAAACUUCUACAAGCGGCUGUGUAUCCAAUGGAAAUUUAUUGCCGGAGAUGCAUGUACAAAAAAUACCGACCACUUUGUAUGACAAGUAAACUCGUGGUCUUCAUCUACUUGUAUAGCUAUCCAGCCAUUGCUAUAGCUAUCCAGCAUGUCAAAGCUCCUUGUUACAUACAGUCAGAAGUAUGUCAACAUGCAUUUUGUACGUCGCACACGGCAAGAACAAAUUUGUAUUGCAUAUUGUGCGAGCUGUGUGAAGAGCAGAGAGCGCAGUCAGGAGUCGCCGUCGGACAGGAAUUCGAAAUACCGGACCGGCCAGGAAUAUGGAAGUGUCAGGAUUGAAAUCGUCAAAGUUGAAAUAACUUGUGAUGCAUAAAAUCGAUACCAGUUGGAAGCCCAAUUUCUAGGCGGCGCAUGACAAAUGUUUGAUGGAGCACCGGAAUCCAAUUUGUCAUGUUGUUCGGGCACAGAAGACUGACUGCUUUUGUCAUGCUCCGUUAGCAGCUCUAUCCCAAACCCUAAUUAGGCUUGUAAUCUGCCUCCCUUGCCAUCCCGGCAAGACAGGCGCUUCAUGUCUUGCACUUUAUGCAUGACAAAUCAUUUCAACUUUGACGAUUUCGAUCCUGACGCUUCCAUACGGAACGCCACUGAUGAAAAAGGGCGACUCGAGGAGAUUCUUCAAGUAUUUUUACGAAAGUAGAGUUACUUCAUUGGAUCAUUGCUGCUUUGUGUGACAAGUGCAUUGCUUCCUUUUGUGGUAUGAGCUUGACUUGAAUAUGCAUUGUUUUGAACUACUUGGAGUUAAAAAAUGCGAUGAAGGCUGAGAAAAUACUUCCAAACCAGGAAACAAUUCGAGACGUGGCGCAUCGAUGUGCAGAAUUUCGUCGCGCAAAGGGACUCCAGCGUGCCAACGAAUCGACGUGAUCCAAGCAUGAUUUACCUGUAUCCGGUAUCACAGGAAAACGUGUUAACGUUAACGGAAUUUGUAAUGCGGCAUUGCCGCAUCACAAAUUCAGCACCUUUUUAGAUGCAUUGCCGCAAUGCAUCUAAAAAGGUGCCAGCAUUUGUAAUGCAUAGCAUGUAUGUUCGUGAUGCAUGACUGCAAUCUGUAAAAAUCGUUAACGCUAACGCUUUUGCUUGUGUUGAUAUCCGGAAGGAAGGGCGGCUGCCAUGAGGAACCCGAAUUACAUUCCGACCAAGGCCAUCACGGGUGUAGUUGCCGGGUCGAAAAACGAAUCGUCCUCCGCGAGUGCGGCGUGUGGUGCUGAUAAAACAGACGUGGUGGUAGAUCAAGCAGGUGCUCCUCGCCAGGAGAACUAGCGGACACGUCCGUCAGGGGCGGUGGCGAACCUCCAGAAAGCGUAUACUCACCAAUCAGAGAGGACGACUUUGAGUGGUUAAGAUCCACAGGGUAGUUUUAGUUUUCAAUAGCAAUGAUUCAAUAUUUCUUACCGUUGAUUUUACUUUUACAUCCACGUAAUAGAGCGAGAGAAGUCUUCAAUAUUCGCUACUAGGUUAUGUCUUAUCACAAGAAAAUUAUUCGCGGCAGGCAAUGCUGAUAGAAGAAACUCAGAACUUCAUCAGAUGACUCUUUUACACCUGAGCUUAACUUUUUCAGUAACACAAACACAAAAUUCUUCUACUUCUACAGGCUGGUCACGUUAUCUUAUCGUAUGAAAAUAAUGAUCACAACUACCGACGGCAAGUCGGAAGCAGAAGUAGCUUUUCCAUGCGCGAAUCUUAUUUCUGGCUAAAAUAUGGUCGCAUGCUAUUUCCUGAUACUAGUUCUGGCUACGCAUUGCGCCCCAAUGUGGUGGUAAUUCAAGAACAACUUCUUGAAGGAGACAGUAUAUUGGCCUGCUGGAACAAAAAGCGAGGAGGUCUACAGCUACAAGAACUUGUCCCUGGUGUGCUAGCACAAGAAAAAAUCUUCUGGUGGUUAGUACGACCAUAUUAAUGGCAGAGUAGACUAACAAGUAGAAGUCGGAAUGUCGACUCCAGCUCCAUUCCGCUCUGAACUGAGAUUUUUAAACGUAAUUACGAUCUUCACUCUUCUUCACGAUGAUACUCACAGCUUUCAACACCAAAAUAAUUUUUAUAAUCACCAAAUCGAAAUCAACAACAAGCUGCGCUACGGCUACAGUCUUACCGGUAACUGAAAGAGGGUUUCAAACAAAAUUUUGAUGUGCCAUGUCUAGUAUUUCAACUCCCGGCUAGCAAGGAGCAGUGGUAUGAAUAUGAACGGGGGUUGGUACGUGGCUGCUAAUCGAUAUUAGCGGGGAUGUAGUUGUCACAGACUUUUACAACACGAACUAUAGCUGAGCCGUAGACUAGUUGUCCACUGCGCGUAAGUACUUUUACAGUAGAGUUUUUACAAGAAAGUUGCAUUUCUUGGCUCGCUGCAAAAAGAGCGCGCUUAUCAUGGUUCCCGCCGGAUCAAUGUGACACAUUGUAAUUUGAUGAACUUAUUGUGCGCAUUGGAGAGGUGAGGAUCAUGCGAGGAGAGAAGCCUCGUCGUGUCAGAAAUCAAUACCUUUCGUAUAAUUCCGCUCGUGUGAACCACAAACUCAACCAACUUUUUUUGAUUGUGAACCCAAUUUUCUUGUGUCAACCCUAAAAUACGUUAUUUUUCCAAGACCAUCUUCUGUAGCUAGCUCGCUUUUGAAGCGCAGGCUGCUGCUUUCAGAGAAGCUUACAGCUUGGAUGGCCAUUAGAUAUCUGCGCGGUGAAUUUCCGGUGAUUUUUAGGGGUCUUCGAGAAUUUGAUGAGUGGCGCUGCACAUAUUUCUUCGGGGAAAAGUCGACGCUCACUUGAUCGAAAAACCCGAGCAACGUAAGCUCCAAAAGAUUUCCGGCAGUGGUGGAAGUUUUCAAGCAAAAAAUGCGUGGCGGGGCGCCGCGAUAUAUAGCUGCGCCGCCCGUGCCCUGCCCCUAGCCCGAUGGGCUGCGAAGUAGCUUCGCGCGGCCCCCCUUGUUUUCUAAGUGCUUUGGAUGGUUGGCCGGACCCUGGGGGCCGAAUCUAUCAGGCGCCUUUUGCUUCGGCAAACGGCACCACUUUAAUUCCCCGUGAGAGCUUAUUCCGUCCUGCUAUUUUGUUCCUUUCGUAUUUGUGCGUGCAUGUUCCAAAAGGUUGGCACUUUCCUGUGCAAAUUUCAGACGAUUGUUCUGGCUUGGGUUUUUCGACUCCGGUGAAUUUAGAAAUGAGUAGCAAAAUGGGCGUUGGUUUUGUGGCGGCUUUGAGUCCAGAAUUAGGUGCGGAGAAGCUAAAUUCACCGGACCCCAUUUCCUAAAUUCACCGGCAGCCCGAAACUAAAUUCACCGCUAAAUUCACCGAUCGCAGCAUACCAUCGGGAAAGGGGGUGCUUUUAAGCUGUUUUUUGGCGCCAAACAGCACGGCACUACGCAUCGGCGAUUUUUACCAAAAAAAGCAUCCUCAUCAUACCAUGGGGAAUGAUGUUUAAAUGCAAGCUUUUCCCGAUGGCAGUGCCGUUUUUUUGCGAUUUUGUUGUCCAAAAUUAAAACGCUGAAGCUGAGCUAUUAAGAAGGAAGGGAGAAACUCAUGAAACCACCAAAAGACUUGCUUCGCGAAAAAAGACGCGGAGAAAUGUGGUAGGUUGGGCGUUGCCGGGACGGGGAUUGCAAUCAAUGCGAGGGCGCCGUGGUGACGAGCCCCGUGUCGCCAUUGCCUCUAUUUGUGCUAGCCCUUGCUCCGCGAACCAUAACCACCCGAAAGACCGGCCCCACGAUUCUAUGCCACCUCUAAAAUCACUCGAAAUUCACCGCCCCUAUAUCUAAUGGGCGUCCAAGCUGUAAAGAGAAGCAGACGCAUGCUUGCUUAAGUUGUUAAAGGUGGCAGGUGCUAAGGCGGGGGAAGUUUCGAAUGAAGGUAUCAACAGAACCAGCACGGGCAGUGCCAUUCAGAAAUUCCGGGGAGCAUGAUCUCUUUACUCUUUUCACGGAUCCACGACGUCGCAUCUUGUGUAAAACUUGAAAAGGACAGAAAUAUCAUGACAAAGUGGUUUCCAGAAAACAAAUGUACAAAUUAUUCUUUAUCAGUUUUUAAGCCGCUUUUGCCUUCUAUUUGCGACUCACGUCGCAACCUCCACCUAGAGUAUCUAUAGACCUCUAUUUCCUGUAGUUUAGUUGAUUUCAUUGUCAUUCUGUUUCGUGUGGUGCUCGCCCUGACAGACGAGAAAGCCGACGGAUGCUCUGCUACUAACUUGCUAGCUUGUGCUUCAACUUACUGCCACCAAAAUGUACAUCAAAAGGAUACGAGUUUUGUGUCGUGAAUUAUCGUUACGAGCAAUUCUAUCGCGUUCACGACUACGUUUUGUUCUCGCACUACAUCGAGGAAAUAGGAAUAGCAAAGUAAGCAAGCCACGGAACAUCUUCAAGCUGCCCUUUGUAAAAAAUAACAAUUGAAAUUGCUAUUUUGUGGUCGACCACAAUCAACGCUGUUGCUGCUACUUACCCUGCUGUCAUGAUGGUCUUCGGAUAUUGAAAUUAUUGGUACAAUAGACUUGUAAAGGUUAGACUUAGAACUAGAUGCUGAAACAAGUAGGCGACUUGUAAUCGCACCGGUUGGAAGUGGGCGAUGUGGACCUGUUUCUCUAAAAAACAAGGACGCAGUGUGGUUGAAAGGUGUAGAAGCUGCAGCGCCAGUAUCAAGUGUUGAUUUUCGGUCGACGAACAAACAAAUGAAGAUUAGAUUGAUAAGUUCCACCCAGGUUGUAGACGUGAG